AUGGACUCGUUCAACGAUACUGCACAGCAGGUUGUUGCCAAUACUUCUGCCACCUUCAUCGACUUGAUUGGUGACUUAAAACAAGCAGAUCUCACCAAUGCCCUCUUACAUUUGUCCCUUAUCUGGCAGAAUGUUACCGGUUGGCAGAUCUUUUUCACAUUGUUGAUAUCAGCAAUAAGUUAUGACCAGAUCAUGUACCAACUCAGAAAGGGUGCUAUUGCUGGUCCUCGCUUCAAGUUCUGGCCUUUCAUGGGCCCCUUUUUAGAGAGUAUGGAUCCUAAGUUCGAAGAAUACAAGGCCAAAUGGGCCUCUGGUCCCCUUUCUUGUGUCUCCAUCUUUCAUAAAUUCGUGGUUAUCGUCUCAAAUCGUGACUUGGCUCGUAAGGCAUUGCAAUCCCCUCGUUACGCUAAACCUUGUGUCGUCGAUGUUGCUCAAAAGAUCUUGCGUCCUACCAACUGGGUUUUCUUGGAUGGUAAGGCUCAUGUUGAUUACAGAAAAGGUUUGAACCCACUUUUUUCUAAAAAAGCUUUGGAAGUUUACAUUCCUCAGCAGGAGAAAGUUAUGGAUAGAUAUUUGAACAAGUUUGUCGAAUUGUCCAAGAAUGGUCCUGUCAUCUUCUUCCACGAGUUCCGUGAGUAUAUGUGUGCCAUAUCUUUGAAGACUUUCUGCGGUGAUUACAUUACCGAUGAUCAAAUCAGAGCGGUCGCUGAUAGUUACUAUCGUGUUACCGCUGCCUUGGAAUUGGUUAACUUCCCUAUUAUUCUUCCUUACACAAAGCCAUGGUAUGGACGUAAAAUUGCUGAUGAAACUAUGCAGGUGUUUGCUGGAUGUGCCCAGAUGGCCAAAGAUAGAAUGGCCGCCGGUGGAACUCCAAACUGUGUUAUGGAUAACUGGGUUACUAGUAUGUUGAAUUCUCAGAAAGAUGGGAACAAGGGAACUUUCAUCAGAGAGUUCUCUAACAAAGAAAUUUCUGAGGCCGUGUUCACCUUUUUAUUUGCCGCCCAGGAUGCAUCUUCUUCCCUCUGCUGUUGGUUGUUCCAAAUUGUUGCAGAUAGACCAGAUGUUUUGAAGAAGAUCCGUGAAGAACAACUAAGAGUUCGUGAAGGUGAUCCAUCAAAGCCUCUUACUUUAGAUUUAAUUGAUAAGAUGGAGUACACUUAUAUGGUUGUCAAGGAAGCCUUGAGAAUUAGACCUCCUGUGUUGAUGGUUCCUUAUUUGGUUAAGAAGAACUAUCCAAUUAGUGAGAAUUACACUGUUCCAAAAGGUGCCAUGGUUAUUCCAACCUUGUAUCCUGCUUUGCAUGACCCUGAAGUUUAUGACGAUCCUGACGAAUUCGUUCCAGAGAGAUGGGUUAAAGGUGGAAAGGCUGAUUUGGCCAAGAAGAACUGGUUGGUUUUCGGUGCAGGUACCCAUGUCUGUUUGGGACAAACAUACGUGAUGACUUCAUUCACUGCCUGGAUCGGUAAGGCCAUUAUGUUCACCGACUUUAAGCACAAGGUUACCCCUGAUAGUGAGAAGAUUAAAGUAUUCGCUACUAUUUUUCCUAAGGAUGAUCUAUUUAUGGAGUUUAAGAAGAGAGAGGACCCUUCUAAGAUAUAA